AUGUAUAACCCUCUAAUUAUUCUAAAAAUUAUGAGACAACGUAAGAUCCAGUCCUGUCUAAAUUGCUACAAGCGUAAAGUUAAAUGUGAUAGAAAGGAGCCUUUGUGUACAUCAUGCGAAAAAAAUAGGGUGCCUGUGCAUCUAUGUAUUUACAAAGAAACACCACUAGCAUCAAGAGCUAGUAGCGAAAGCAAAUUACUUGAUGAGAUCGAUUCUCUCAAAAAAGAGGUAGAACUCUUGAAGUCAAGGAAACAUCUGUCUGACAUGGAUGACGUUGAUGUGUUCGAUUUGAGCAACUUUCAUAUAUUCAAAAAAGGAGGAGAAACCGCUAGCUUCCACGGGGCCAGUAGUUCCAAGACAAUUUUCAACCUCGCAUGUAGUGAUCUGGGGUUAGUAUCACAUCUCAUGAAUAAUAUUGGGCAUAACUAUUGCGUGUGGAAAUCGCUGCGUAGGACUUUACUUGGAACUGAAGCUAGUAUAAAAUGGUGCCUCGAACGCAUCCCACAACUUGUCACGUCAUAUAAACUGAUGUCAGUUGAAUUGACAGAGUAUUUACAAUGCCCCCAAUCAAUAGCUGAUUGUAUUGAUGGAAAUAAACUCUUUGAUUAUUUUAGCUCAACUUUUGAAAACCUGAAGGUUGAUGAUAUGGGUUAUGUUACUAUUAAGAAUAACCCAAGUAUCGCGAGACUAUGCGUAGUCUUGUGCAUCCUUAUAGAAAACUCAAUACUAAAAAUGGAUAGCAAAUAUGAGUCCAAAGAGGAAUUAUUUGUUAUCGCAAGAUAUUUGUUGGCAAAUACUGAACUUGGUCCUAAUUUUACAUCCUUGCAUGCCAUUCUUUUCAUGUAUCAGCUUGAAAAUUAUGACAUUAACUGUGAUAUAAACGGGAAUUAUAGAAAAUCGGAUUGGUUAAACCGGGCUAUCCAAACAGCAACUGCUCUAGGACUACACAGUGAUCUAGAUAAAGAAUUUAGUGAUGAGUCUAAUUCUUUUAGAAGAUGUCUUAGUCGUAUAUGGAGCUACAUAGUUUUUGAAGACGUAAUUAAUUGCAUGCAGAGAGGUGUUCCAUCUUUCAUACACGAUGGGUUUUUCGAUGAGCACCUUAUCAUUAACGACUGUUCAAAUCUUCGUGAUACCGUGGUUUUAUUUAGAGAGAUUACUAUCCAUGUAAAUCUGAAGAACUUGGUACGAAGAGUCGCCCUCAACAGGUAUAUCGAUCUUCUUCAGAAUCUUGAGCGCCAGGAUCGGAAGAUAAGCAAAAAUAGCGAGCCUUACCUCAUGAAGCAGAAAAGAUUUAAUACGUUAUGCUUUCUUCAAAUGUUAUGUCAUUUAAGAUAUCUAGCUGUUUCAGACGAUAGGAACAGAUUUGCGGCUGCGAAAUACACAUCACGUCUAUAUAACGAGAUUAAAAAGUUAUCACUCAAGACUCUACAUACAGAUUCCUUAUUCUUUGCCCUGCGUCCUAACUUUCAUGAUAUUAAGGUGGGCUUGUUUCGCUGUCUUUGUUUCUUCAUCCACAUUUAUACGAAACAUAAAUUUGAGGCUGUUCACGAAGAUUUCGAAUUGGACGAUGAUAGGGCCACGAUACCAAAUUCAAGUGACUUGGAUGAAGAUUACUCGCUUACUGAUAGUGAAAUUAGAGGCUUGAUAAAUGAUAAAAAGCAUUUGAAAACGUUCUUGAAAACGGAUAUAUCAAAGUUAUUAGAACUAUUUGGAAAAUACAACUUCCGAUCGCAAGUGUUGAGUGCCUUCUUAGUGGACUUUUUAAAAUCAGUACCAGCAACCGAUGAAAUUACUGAAAACAUUACCAAUAACACGCGAACAAUUCGAGCAGAUUUUGAAUCGUUCCAGUUUAAUGAUUUUGACGUAAUGGAAGAGUUGGAGGGUUUAUUUUUUUCUUGA